UGUUUAACUCUGUUAUUAAAUCAUUUCUCUUGUAAUGAUCGACCAUGGUCUUCUUUUUUAAAUACUUGUAUGAUCGACCAUGGUCCUCACACUAACAGCUAGCUAGCUUCCAUGGCUACUCCGCAAGCUUUCCCCUCUUCUUCUUUUCCUUCCUUCAGGGACAGGGAGUGGGAAUUCGAUGUGUUCCUCAGCUUCAGAGGCCCUGAAACUCGCUACGGUUUCACUGGUUAUCUCCACAAAGCAUUUUGUGAGAAGGGAAUCCGUACCUUCAUGGAUCUUGAGGAUCUUAUCAGUGGCAAUAAAAUCCAACAAACAUUUGCUAGAGCAAUUGAAAGCUCCAGGAUUGCCAUUAUUGUGUUCUCGGAGCAUUAUGCUGACACCGAUUUCUUGUUGAGGGAACUUGUCAAGCUCUUGGAGUGCUCUCAACGCUGUGGCCAAUUUAUUUUGCCGAUUUUCUAUUUGGUGGAUCCCGGCGACGUGCGGCAUCAGAGAGGCAGUUAUGAGAAAGCAAUGGCGGUGCACGAGGAGCGGUUCAAGGAUAAAGCGCCAAUUUGGAGAGCCGCUCUGCGUGAAGCAGCCAACUUAUCCGGCUUGCAUUACAAAGGACGACGCGCUCUUAUAUUGUGCAGGGAUGAAUUUGAAUACGAAUUUAUUGAGAGGAUCGCUAAACAGGUGUUGGCGAUCAUUAAAGAGGACAGCGUACCUGUUGUUGCUGAUUAUCCAGUCAGAGCAGAGUCUCAUGUGAAAGCGUUGUCAUCGUUUUCUUUCCCAAGGCAAUACCAAUACCAUGUGUUUCUCAGCUUCAGAGGCUGUGAUACUCGCUAUUGUUUCACUGGCAGUCUCUUCAAAGCUCUCCGCGACAACAAAAUCCACAGCUUCAUGGAUGAUGUAGGCCUUCACAGAGGGAAUGAUAUAUCAAGAACACUAAUUGAGGCAAUUAAAGGCUCCAGGAUUGCCAUCAUUGUGUUCUCUCAGAACUAUGCUGAUUCUACUUACUGCUUAGAUGAACUUGUCAAGAUCUUAGAGUGCCAAGAGUCUGAUGGCCAGUUCGUUUUGCCCGUUUUCUAUGAUGUAUAUCAUAGCGACGUGCGACGACAGACGGGUAGUUUUGGGGCAGCAAUGGCUAAACAUGAGGAAAAGUUCAAGGAUGACCUGUCGAAAGUCGAAAAAUGGAAGCGGGCUUUGCAUCGAGCAGCUAAUUUUACUGGCUUUUGUUUCGAUGGGAAAAAAUAUGAACACGAGUUAAUUGGGAAGAUUGUUGAAGUGGUGUCAAGGGAGAUUAAACGAGUUGCUUUACACGUUGCUGACUAUCCAAUUGGACUAGAGUCUCAAGUUUCAGAAGUAAAAUCGCUUAUAUUCUCUGAUGGCUAUGAUGGAGUCCACAUGGUAGGGAUUCAUGGAAAUGGUGGAUCAGGCAAAACAACAAUAGCUCAUGCAAUUUAUAAUUUGAUUGCUAACGGUUUUGAAAGUAUAUGUUUUCUUGAAAAUGUGAGAGAAAAUUCAUAUAAGCAUGGUUUAGUGUAUCUUCAAAAUAUGCUUCUUUCUAAUGUAUUCGAAAGGAAGAAUCUCAAAGCAACAAGUUUUGAAAAAGGAAUUUCAACAAUAAAGCACUGGCUCCAACAAAAGAAGAUCCUUUUGAUUCUAGAUGAUGUUGACAAACCAGAGCAAUUACAAGCUCUUGCUGGAAAACCUGAUUGGUUUGGCCGAGGAACAAGGGUCAUCGUUACGACAAGGGACAAAUAUAUACUAGAGAGCCAUGGGAUUGAAAGAAUCUAUGAGAUGGAGAACUCAAAUUCGGAAUCAAAUAUCUCUGCAUCAGAUGGAAAAGACAACGGAGAUCAACUGGGUGAAAAAAAUCAUUUUCCAAGAACAAGUCAAUGAUCCCUUAAAGCCUCUAGGUUCUGAAGAUAUUAGUCUUGGAAGGAGCAAACAAGCUUCUGUUAUCAAGCUGAAUCAAAUACAGAAGUCAUAGGUUUCAAUGAAAAUCAAGCCUUUGUCAUACUAGUUUUCCAGAAAGAAUAGAUAGUGGUAAACAAGAAGUCCCAAGAGCCUAAUAGAUAAAAAGAAGUGUUUGACAGUUGAAAGGGAUGAUUUGAGGAACCGAAUGCUAAGGUAAUAUUGAAGCAUAGUGGUAAUGACUUGGAGAACAAUUCUUUGGAGAGUCUUAGCAAUUUUCAGGUUCAUUUUCACCAAAAUAGGGUGGUUACCAAAGAGUUUUACCAGUACUGUAAUGUAAUUAUACUGUAGUGUAUUUAACUAUUUAUAGAAGCAUAUCAUCUACUAUACAAGUUUUUUAGUGA